AUGAAGCAAGCAUCAAAGCCAAAGAAGCCUCGAGAAAAGCUGCCAGAUUAUUGCGAUGUCAAGCCAAAGCAGGACGACAGUGGGAAUGUUAUCUGGCCUGCCCCCAAGGCUGCGCUGGAUAAAGCACGUGCUUUCAUAAAAGAAUGUGCAGCAUCAAACAAGACGACACUCAUUGUCCCUGAUAAAGAUGCUGACGGGUUGUCGUCAGGCGUCAUCCUGUACCGGGCUUUGACCCAUUUAGGCCUCGAACCAAAUCUUAUCCAUGUUCAUCUGGUCGAAAAAGGCACGACUGUCACUACGGAGUCUCAGCGGGAGGCCAUGGCCACAAAAGACCCGGCCUAUAUAAUCGUCCUUGACCAAGGAUCUGUUGCCAGCCCUCCCAUUAUUGAUUCACCUACGACCAAAUCUCUCAUUAUCGACCAUCACCUGAGCGAUGUCUUCCCAAAGAAUGCUCAAGUCGUUUCCGCCUGCCAUUAUCCUCCUGUCUCCACUUCUUCCCUCCUCACAUACGAGAUCUGCAAGGCCUUAUCACCAGAAAUUGCCUCUGCUUGUGCCUAUCUCGCCUGUAUUGGCACGCAUGGUGAUCUAGGAAACACUCUCAAGUGGUCUCCCCCAUUUCCAGACAUGACCGAGACUUUCAAAGUGUAUACCAAGAAGUCUGUCAACGAUGCUGUGUCUCUUGUCAAUGCCCCUCGCAGAACAGCCAAGUACGAUGUCAUUACUGCGUGGGAAGCUCUCCUGGCAUCCACCAGCCCGAAAGAUCUCCUGUCCAACGGACGCUUACAAAGUGCCCGUGCUGAGAUCAACAACGAAGUCGAAUUGAACACGCAUACGCCUCCCAAAUUCAGCUACGAUGGGCGGAUAGCAGUUCUGAGGAUCAAUACCCCCGCCCAGGUUCAUCCCGUCAUUGCCACGCGAUGGGCCGGCCAUCUCAACUCCAAAGCACUCGAGAUAGUUGUCUGUGCAAACUCUGGCUACUUGCCAGGCAUGGUCAAUUUCUCCUGUCGGAUUGCUCGGUGUGCCAGAUCCAGAGACCCUCCUGUCAACAUCAUUGAAAGCCUAAAGGCUGCAGCUGAUCUGUCCACGGAUGGUCUGAGAGAACGACUAGGAGAAAGCUUUGCUCGUGGUCACAAGGAAGCCAGUGGAGGUAUCGUCCCAACUGCAGCAUUUGAGGAGUUGAUGCAACUUCUACGAGUCGGUGAGAAGCCUGAAAAGAAGGACGAUACCGAUAAACCGCAAGCAAAGAAGAUCAAACUGGUCGAGAAAAGCCCUCAGAAGAACAAGAUAGGGAACUAUUUUUCCAAGUCAUAG